CGAUAUCACUCAGGUUGCAAGGACCGUCGAGUACAAAUGGUACUGGUCGUGUUGAAGUGUUCUAUGCAGGUCAAUGGGGAACAAUCUGUGAUGAUGGUUGGGAUAUAAAAGACGCUAGAGUUGUAUGUCGUCAACUUGGUUAUCUGAAUACUGUUGCAACCCUUGGAGGGAAUAAAGUUUCUCGUGGUUCUGGCCAGAUUUGGUUAGACGAUGUGCAUUGUAAGGGAAGUGAAAAAAAUUUGAGCACAUGUUCACAUAACGGAUGGGGAAGCCAUAAUUGCGGGCACAGUGAGGAUGCUGGAGUUGAAUGUUCUAAUACAG